UAUUGAAAAGGACAUUAAAUUCUGAUAAAAAAUAAAAAAAUAAAAAAAGGACAUUAACUAAUCUUCGUUUUAUUGAUUUCUCGAGGGUUCCAUCAAUCCUGUGUCUCUGAGAAGCAAGGAACUUAGCAAAGUAUCCAUGGACGCUGUAUCAUCUUCUCAGUUGAAGCAAACCCUUUUGCUUCUCUUUGCUAUUCAUCUGCUCUUACCCUCAAUUCAAGCCACUAUUGUCAAGUACUGUGAUAAUAAAGGUAACUAUGAUGUAAAGAUCCAUGGAGUUGAGAUAUCACCUGAUCCUGUAGUGCCAGGCAACCCAGCUACCUUCAAUAUCUCAGCUUCUACUGUUUUUCUUGUCUCUUGUUCAGCUAAAUCUAUCAGUGGUGGGAAGGUAGAUAUUUAUGUUUCUUAUUUUUCUGUGCUUGUCCAUAAAGAAACCCAUGAUCUUUGUGAGGAGAUAUCCUGCCCAGUUAAAGUAGGCAAUUUUUUGCUAUCCCACACCCAAACAUUAUCUGGAUUCACUCCACCAGAUAAACCUGAAGUUGCUGCUUGGUUGAACAAACCAAUUCGAAAUUAUGAAAAGUUAUGUCUACUUUUUGGGAAUGAUAGGGCUAUUGGAAAGCAUAUUGAAACUGCAAGAGAUGAGGCAAAGGAGGGCUAGAGAAGGAGAGACAAAUGCUUUUCAGGUGAACAACAUUAAUGAUGUUGAUCUUUUGGUAUCAGAAAAUGAAGUCACCUUGGAAAAUUUUGAUGGACUAUUUGAAGAAGCACAAAAUAUAGCAUCCGAGGAACCUAUUGGAAUGGAAAAAAUCCCAAUCUCAUUCUCAAUCUAAAAAUUCAUCAAGGAAUAAAAUUGCUAAAAGAUCAAAGGUUGAUGAAGAAGUUGUUGUAUUAAAGGAGGGACUGGAUAAUGUUGCCCAAGCACUUAUGAAUUCUACAAUUGAGUUUGUCAAAGCCACCAAGCUUCCAAUUUCAGAGAAUGAAACAUGGACUUUAUUAGAAGGACUAGGUGUUGAGUCACAGCUCUUAUCUACUUGUUAUUUGUUUUUGAUUCAAAAGCCUGACAUGUUACGAGGUUUGCUUAGAUGUCCUCCUGCAUUUCGUAAGAACUUGUUGAUGCAGAUGAUGAGUGGUUCUAAUGCCUCACAGAAUUAGGUUAUUGGUUAUCUUUUUAUUAGCAUCUCCUUAUUAUGUCGGUAAUAAUAUGCGUUAUUGGUGUCUAGACUAUUUUGAGAUUUAUGGACAUUAGUUAAGUCAUAUAUCUAUUUUCGUUAAGUGCA